AUGGCGAGCCGGCCGCCCGGGCCCGGGCCCUACCGCGCCACCAAGCUGUGGAAUGAAAUUACAAAGUACUUCCGAGCAGGCAUGCCACUGAGGAAACACAGGCAGCACUUCAGAAAACACGGGAGCUGCUUUACUGCAGCAGAAGCUGUAGACUGGCUCCAUGAAGUAUUAAGAAGUAACAGUAACUUUGGUCCUGAAGUUACUAGGCAGCAGACUGUCCAGUUAUUAAGAAAGUUUCUCAAGAAUCAUGUCAUUGAAGAUAUCAAAGGGAGAUGGGGCUCUGAAAAUUUAGAAGACAACGGUGUACUCUACAGAUUUCCUUCAACAUCUCCAGUUAAACCUCUACCAAGCUCGUGUCCACUAAAAGAGAACUCGGAAAACUUCUCUAGAGACAAAGAAAAACCUUUUAAACUGACACAUUUAUCCAGGAGAACUUUUAAAAAACAUGAGUUACUCCAGGCUCUGGACAACCUAGAAAAAGCAAAACCAGAUAAAAGAGAGGAAAACAAAGAAGAGACAUUGCACAGGAAGGAAAUAAGCGAGGAAUAUGUGCAAGAAACUUGGAGAAAUAUAAUUCUAAUACAUUUGCAAACCAUCUUAGGCCUCCCAUCUCUGGAAGAAGUUUUGCAGCCAACUCAUAUAGUUCCAGAGUAUGUCAUAUACAAUAUGACCAACACAAGCAAACACGGUGUUGUUAUUUUGCAGGACAAAUCAGAAGAUCUCCCUCACUGGGUGUUGUCAGCAAUGAAAUGCCUCGCGUACUGGCCUAGAAAUAAUGACAUGAGCCAAGCAACUUACAGUGGGUUUGAACGGGAUGUGUUCCGAACGGUUGCCGAUUACUUUCUCAGUCUCCCUGAGCCAUUACUUACUUUUGAAUACUAUGAACUUUUUGUUAAUAUUUUAGUUAUGUGUGGCUACAUGAUAAUUCCAGAUAUAUGCAGUGGAAAACGUUCUGUCCAAGAUGACCAGUGUCACCCACAACCUUCAAAAAUUCUUCACUUGAACUCUUUCAAGUCAACUGAAUGUCUUCUUCUAAGCCUGGUUUGCAAAGAGCCUGAUAAAAAAUGGAAAGAACGUGUAACUUCCAAGAAGUCCCCUUCGGAAGAGCUAACUGCUCAAAAACAAUGUGCAAAGAGAUUUCAGCAAUAUAAACUGACACAGAAACAAGGUAGUGCUGAUCAUCCUAUGGGAGGAAGCUGUCAGAAUCUUUCAGCUUUCAGGAAUGAACGAGAUCCACCUCAAACAUUUAGGACAAGGUGUUACUCUUUGGAAAGGAUUGGAGAUACUGCCUCAGUUCAAUGUAAUAAAGGAGAAUUCGAUUCCCUUUGGCAAAGGCAUGUGAACACUGUCCUGAGAACAAGAAAUAGAAAACAAUCACUACCCAAUGAGCAUAAAGCUGAUUCUGUAUUGGAGGUGGGUUUUGAUAAUACAUGUCAAAACCAAACCCAUGAUAUCAAGACAGUGUCUGUCUCAACUCUUCGUGAUCAAGAGCUGUUUACUGAAAAUCACACAUCGACACAGAUGUGCAAGUCUCUGAGUUUACUUGGCAAGAAGAACUCAAAAAGUUGCACUAGCAUUAAUGUACCAGUUGCUGAAAUCACAGUAAAGCCAAGGUCUCAACUUUGUGGGCAGAGAAAACCAAGUACCUUUGGCCUGGCUACUGCAGUGGACACAAGGACUGAGGUGUCUGAUAUCACCAUCAAAAAGAGACUCUGCAAAAGUACCACAGAACUCUCAGAAUGCUCUUUCACUCACUCUUCUUAUUUGUUGGCUGGCACGCAAAAUCUCCUUCAGCCUCAUCUAGAAAGAAUUGCCGUUGAAGCACUACAGAUAUGUUGUUUGUUGCUUCCGCCACCAAACCGUAGAAAGCUUCAGCUCCUCAUGCGUAUGAUCUCCCGCAUCAGUGAGAACGUUGACAUGCCACGGCUGCACGAUGCCAUGGGCACGCGUUCCUUGAUGAUACAGACGUUUUCUCGGUGCGUGCUCUGCUGUGCAGAAGAAGUAGAUCUCGAUGAGCUACUUUCUACACGACUGGUUUCAUUUCUCAUGGACCAUCAACAAGAGAUAUUUAAAGUGCCAACUUACCUGCAGGUUGCAGUGCGAGAUCACAUUGAAUACGUGAAGAUGGCUCAGUGCAAAUAUGCAGAGGAAGAAAUUUGUGCCAUACUGCCAACGUAUUCGUACUGCAAACAGAUAACUCCUCAGGAGUUUGAAGAGCAGAAGGUUUCUACCUCUCAAGCUGCAGUGGCAGAGCUCCUGGAGAACAUCAUCAAAGAUAAAAACUUGUCUGUGAAAGAAAAAAAGAAAAAGUUAAAACAGUUUCAGAAGGAAUACCCUCUCAUCUACCAGAACAGGUUUCCAACUACAGAAACUGAAGCAAUGCUAUUUGAGAACAAACCUACCAUCAAACCACCAAUGCUUAGCCUAAGAAAGCCAAGGUUCCACAGCCUAAGAUAUUAAUUUCACCACACUUCAGCUGCUUAUUUAUUUGAUGGAUGGAUGGAGGGACCAUUUCCCAAAAGGCACUUGCGACAGAAGUGUGAGAGUGGCUGUGUGUGGAGAAGGAAGAAAUGUUUACAUGGACACAGUGCUGAAAGUUGCCAAAAUAACUUCUUUUUGUGUGCAGAUAACUUUUAAAUGACUAAGAGAGAAAGAAGUAUUUAUCUGUUUACAGAUUGUUACAAUAUAUUGUCCUCAGUGAAUUAAAUGUGAAAAUAAGUAUGAAGCUAUGAGUAACCAAAAAUUUAUAUGUGGUUUUCAUAUGGGAAACUAAGGAUAUGCAUAUUGCUGUCACUUUUUUACUGUCUCUUCAGGAAUUUGUGCUGUUUUUUGUAGUUUGUAGGGGUUUAAAUGUCUGUCUUGUGAUUAAGUGCCUUCUUCAUAUUCUCAAAAUAUUAGUCUUUAAACAAAGCCAUGUUACUUGACUUGUGAGCUAACUUAAAGGUUAGUUCUGCUGGUUCCAAGGAAGCCAGAAAUUCAACAUCGAUAAAUGAUUUUCUGACUCCAUGAGAUGCUUCUGUUU